AUGAGAAUCAUCUGUGGUAUGGUACUAGUGGUUUUCACCAUGGCUUUAGUGGUAUCCGUUAGCUACUCUAUGAGUCAUACCAUUUCCACUAAUCCAGCGAAUGACAAUGCAACGUCUCCUGACAAUUUAAGUAGUGCCUUGAUAUUAGGACUGGCACUUGAGUCUAUUUCGCACGUAGCCUUCAGCAGUACCGUUAGUGCCACAACUGAGCUCAAUUCUAUCUUAAUACCUAAAGAGGAUAUCAAUACGUCAAAAAAGCAUUGGAACCAACUGGAAUAUAUCCAAGGAUUACGAGCUGGCGAACAGGCGAUGAAGGAUCGUCAAUCCGCGGAUGCGAUCGCCGCGAAGUCGCCGUUGUUAUUUUCAUCUCCUGAAUCCAGACAUCGUCACGCGGUGAGCACAUGUUCCAACGUUAGUGCUCUUGCUUUAGCAGCGGUGGGCGAAAUCGCGGCGACGAAAAUGAUCGAGAAAAUGAGGUCCACUCAUGAUAAACCAUCGGCGAUCGAUACUAUCUUCGACAGCGGCUGGUUACCGAGAAAUGUGUGCAAACGAUAUUUCGCUCGCACUUGUAAAACUGGCAAAUACCGAACUAUUGACGGCAGCUGCAAUCGGCCAAGAAGCUGGGGCGCCAGUAUGAUGCCUUUUCGAAGAUGCUUGCCGUCCGAUUACGCCGACGGAAUCGAAUCGCCUCGAAAGGCACGGUCCGGAAACGAGUUGCCUUCCGCUAGAGAAGUUAGUUUGAAAGUACACAAACCUUCGGCCAGCAGUAAUCCGUCCUUCACCGUGAUGCUGGCAGUGUUUGGCCAGUUCUUGGACCAUGACAUCACUGCGACCGCGCUCAGUCAAGGUGUCAAUGGAAGUUUCUUAUCAUGCUGUUCGCCAUUAGGAAGACAGCAUCCUGAGUGUUUUCCCGUGCAAGUGGAAGCCGGCGAUACUGAGUACGAUCUGACUGGCAAAACCUGCAUGGAUUUUGUGAGAUCAGCACCGGCUCCACAAUGCAAACUUGGUCCUAGAGAACAGCUCAAUCAGAAAAGUGGUCACUCUCAACGUCAAACAAUCAAAUCCACAUGGUUGGUAGGUCAUGUGCAAACGACAAGACGUUAA